AUGAUGCUUUUCGAUGGCAAACGGGUGACAGCGGUUGGCAUUCACUUGUGUAUACUCUGGGAGCUACGAGAAAUUUUGUGUGGGCGGUUUCCCAAUCUUGCCUCUGGUGGUUUAUCUUGGCAUUCUCUUCUUGAUUUAGUGGUCAAGAGGGACCGUUCCGGUCAAUCCGGAAAGAGCAGGCGAGGUGGUAUUUUAAGGGACCCAGAAGGGCGUUUUAUUGUUGCCUUUGCGAAGGUGUUUGAUGUAGCUAAGAGUUUGCAGGCAGAGCUGAAGGCAGUACUUGAGGGGGUGAGGCUUUGCGUACAACGAGGAUUUGCGGAGGUGCACGUGGAGUCAGACUCUUUGCUACUGGUUCGAAUGUUCCACGCCGAGGUCGGGAUACCUUGGUGGUUAAUGCGCGAUUUUGAGGAGCUCUUAGCUUUACGGCAUCAUGUGCGGGUCAUGACGCACUGUCUUCGCGAGACGAACAGGUCUGCGGUUGGUCUGGCUAUGGAGGGCAUUAACUCAGGCAGCAAUUGGGUUUUCGAGUCGUGGGGGCAGCUACCCCUAGAGGUUCGCAAAGAUAUCUCUAUGGAUCGGCUAGGUGUCCCGUCUAGUAGGAUUGACUAG